GUAAGUCAGAUGAUCCUGUUCCCCCUUCCUGUUAACUUUCAGCCUGUGCCUUUCCCUAAAAUUGAGACUAUGGGUUUCCUGCAUGCUCUUUUGCUGCUGCUCCUAUGUGCAGGCUUGUCUAUCACUGCUCCCUCCUGUUCCAGGAAUGUGAAGAUUUUAGGUGGCAACUUUACUCUCAGCAAUGGUUGGGUCCCAGGAAGCCUCCUCAUUUAUACCUGCCCUUUAGGGCGCUACCCAUAUCCUGUAUCCAGUCAGUUGUGCAACAGCAAUGGACAGUGGAAGUCCCCAGGACGCUCUGAGGUCACCAAAGCAGUAUGCAAAUAUGUGCGCUGUCCAGCUCCUGUUGCUUUUGAGAAUGGGGUCUAUAGUCCCCGGCUGAGCUCUUACCCCGUGGGUGGCAAUGUAAGCUUUGAGUGUGAGGAUGGAUACAUCUUGCGUGGUUCUGUCGUGAGGCACUGCAGACCCAAUGGGAUGUGGGAUGGAGAGACAGCUAUAUGUGAUAGUGGAGCCGGACAUUGCCCAGAUCCUGGAAUUCCAAUUGGGACUGUGAGGACAGGAUAUCAAUUCAAUGUUGGUAAUCGGGUGAAGUAUCGUUGUUCAGAGAAGCUGAUCAUGAUAGGUUCCGAGGAACGAGAAUGCCAGGGGAAUGGAGUCUGGAGUGGGACUGAACCCAUUUGCAGAUCUUCCUACUCCUAUGAUUUCCCUGAAGAUGUGGCUCCAGUUCUGGACACCUCCUUUUCUCAACUUCUUGGUGCCACCAAUCCCCUGAUGCAAAAAUCUGGCGAUUUGGGCCGGCGCAUCCAGAUCAAGAGGGAAGGCCACUUGAAUCUUUACUUGCUCCUUGAUUCUUCCCAGAGUGUCAGUAGGGAAAACUUUGACGACUUCAAAGAGAGUGCUCAACUUAUGGUAGACAGGAUCUUCAGCUUUGAUGUUAAUGUCAGCAUUGGUAUUGUCAUUUUUGCUAAGACUUCCAAAGUCAUCUUGUCUGUCACUCACAAAGAUUCUCAGCAACAGACUGAAAUAGCCAAAAAGAUAGAGGAGAUCAAGUAUGCAGAUCCAGACAUUGGAACUGGAACCAACAUCUACAGAGCCCUAAUGCAAAUCUAUGAAAUGAUGAAUAAUGAAAUGGCCGUUUAUGGCACAAGGCAGAAGGAGUGGGAUGAAAUCCGACAUGUCAUCAUCCUUUUAACAGAUGGAAAGUCCAACAUGGGUGGCUCUCCAAAACCAGCUAUAGAAAAGAUUGAAGAAGUUUUGAACAUAAAGGCAGAGAGGAAAGAUUUUCUGGACAUCUAUGCCAUUGGUGUGGGGAAACUGGAUGUAGACUGGAAAGAGCUGAAUGAACUGGGGUCAAAGAAGGAUGGAGAGAGGCAUGCCUUCAUUCUCCCAGACUCCAAAGCCCUCCUCCAAGUUUUUGAGAAUAUGCUGGAUGUCUCCAAAUUUGUAGACACCAUCUGUGGUGUGGGAAAUAUGUCAGCCAAUGCUUCAUUCCAAGAGAGGACACCCUGGCAUGUCAUCAUUAAGCCCAGCAGCAAGGAGACGUGUCGUGGGGCACUUAUCUCUGAUCAAUGGGUUCUGACUGCAGCCCACUGCUUCCAUACACAUAAUAACACCAGGUUGUGGAGAGUCACUGUGGGAGAUCCUAAGUCAAAGAGGGGUAGAGAGAUGCAGAUUGAUCAGUGGUUCGUUCCAGAGGAGUACAAUGUUUAUGCUAAGAAGGAGCAAGGAAUUUCUGAGUUCUAUGGUAGUGAUAUUGCUCUGCUGAAGCUGACUGAGAAGGUCAAGAUGUCCAGCCAUGCCAGACCCAUCUGUCUUCCUUGUACCGUGGGGGCCAACUUGGCUCUUCGCCGUUCGCCAGCCAGUUCUUGUUUUGACCAUGAGAAGGAACUUUUGAAGAAAAACAAAAUCCCAGCUCAUUUUGUUUCAUUGGAUGAUCAGAUAAUGGACAUUGUUCUCAAGGAAGAAAAUGAGCGAACAAGCUGCCUCCAAGCUGUCUCCCAAGCCAAAGAUCUUUUCCCUAACCUCACUGAUGUGAAAGAGGUGGUGACUGACCAAUUCUUGUGUAGUGGCACUGGAAAUGAAGCAUCGCCUUGCAAGGGUGACCCUGUAAUCCAAUGCCCAGGGCCUGAAGACUUUGAAAAUGGUGAUUUCUGGCCUCGAAAACACAUCUACAACAUAAGCGAACAGAUUUUUUUCCAUUGCUAUGAUGGGUAUACCUUACAUGGUUCUGCCAAUCGUAUCUGCCAACCGUCUGGCCGCUGGGAUGGCUUUACAGCUAUCUGUGAUGAUGGCGCGGGGCACUGCCGGGAUCCUGGCAUCCCCAUUGGUACAAGGAAGGCAGGCAGACAAUACCGAAUGGAGGAUAGUGUAACCUACCACUGUGGCCAAGGGCUCACCUUACAGGGUUCCCAGAAGCGUACCUGCAUGGAAGAUGGAUCCUGGAGUGGCACAGAGCCCUCUUGCCAAGACUCCUUCAUGUAUGAUACCUCAGAGGAGGUGUUUGCUGCCUUCAUAUCCUCCCUGACAGAGACCAUUGAAGGGGCUGAUGCAGAAAAUGAACAUAACCCAGGAGAGCAGCACAAGCGGAAGAUUGUCUUAGACCCCUCAGGAUCUAUGAAUAUGUAUCUAGUGCUAGAUGCAUCAGAUAGCAUUGGCAAGAACAACUUUACAGGAGCCAAAAAGUGUUUUGCCAGCCUCAUUGAAAAGGUGGCAAGUUAUGGGGUGAAUCCACGAUAUGCAGUGGUGACCUAUGCUACGGAGGCCAAAGCGGUGGUCAAAUUAUCAGAUGAUCAAAGCAGUGAUGCAGACUGGGUCACCCAACAGCUGGAAAAGAUCAAAUAUACAGACCACCAGUUGAAGUCAGGAACAAACACAAAACGGGCGUUGAUGUUGCUGUAUGAGAUGAUGAUCCUACAAGAGUCCAAAAAUGACAUUAACUGGAAUAAAACACGUCAUGUGAUCGUGCUCAUGACUGAUGGAAAUUACAACAUGGGAGGAAAUCCUGUGGCAGCUAUCGAGCAGAUCCGAGAGUUUCUGGAUAUUGGAAAGAACCGUAAAAACCCAAGAGAAAAUUAUCUGGAUGUCUAUGUAUUUGGGAUUGGGCCUUUGGUGGACCAGGAGAAGAUCAAUGAUUUGGCUUCAAAGAAGGAUGGGGAAAGGCAUGUGUUCAAGGUUAAGGACAUGGAAGACCUGGAGCAUGUCUUCUCCUUGAUGAUUGAUGAAAGCAACACUCUGGGUCUGUGUGGAAUAGCAUGGGGACAUCAGAAAGGUGGAAAAUAUGAAAGACAACCCUGGCAUGUUGCCAUUAAUGUCAUUCGGCCUUCUGCAGGAAAGGAGACAUGUAAGGGGGCUGUUGUGUCAGAAUACUUUGUGCUAACGGCUGCUCACUGCUUCAACGUGGAUGACCAAGCCCAUUCCAUUAAGGUCGAUGCAGGUGGUAUACAGAACAGGCAGGUGGAUGCUGUCUAUUUCCAUCCCAAUUAUGACAUCAAUAAGAAAAAAGCUGAAGGAAUUCCUGAAUUCUAUGACUAUGACAUUGCCCUUGUCAAGCUCAAGAAGAAGUUCAUAUUCUCAAAAGACCUCAGACCCAUCUGUCUUCCAUGCACAGAGGCAACAAACCGUGCUUUAAGGCUCCCAUUGUCAACCACAUGUGAACAACAGGAAAAAGAACUGCUCCCUGAGAAGAAUGUCAAAGCCCUGUUUGUGUUUGAAGACAAGAAUAACAUGUUACAAAAAGAAGUUUACAUAAAGAAUGGGGAGAUGAAAGCCAGUUGUGAGGGAGAUGCCCGAAAGGCCCAAGGCUAUGAGAAGAUAAAGCAGCUCUCUGAUGUGGUAACUCCCCGAUUUCUCUGCACUGGGGGAAACCAACCUUACGCUGAUCCCAACACUUGUAAAGGAGAUUCUGGUGGUCCACUUAUUAUUCACAAGAAAAGUCGAUUCAUUCAAGUGGGUGUGAUUAGCUGGGGUGUAGAAGAUGUCUGCAAGCACCCCAACAGAAUCCCUCCCCCUCAUGCUCGUGACUUCCACAUCAACCUCUUCCGAGUAUUGCCUUGGCUUCAGGAGAAACUGAAAGACGAGGAUCUAGGAUUCUUGUGAAAGAUUUUCAACAUGCCUGGGAAAAUUAAAAAAUGAAAAAAAGGCACUGCAUUCAUGCAA